AUUAUUAUAUAAAGUGCAAUGCUAUAAUUCCAACCAGUAAAACCUAUGACCUGCACUGCGAGGUGGAUGCGGUAGAGGGCGCUAUGACCCUUUGCCAUUGGUGCGUGUGUGAGCCCUGCCGACACGAAGAAGAGAAGCGCUGCCCAACAUGGUUAAACCCACGAACACGCGCGCAGUUAGCACGUGUCUGAGCCUCUAGCGUGGCCCCGCUGCGUCAAAUGCGACGGAGACGAAGAAGAACGCAAAUUGUCCGGGUUUCUAACCCAUUUAACAGUAAGCAUUUAACACCGGGCGAAGACAACUCCAACAACUUGUCGCCUUGCUUGCAGAGCUGAGAGCUCAAUAGAGAUGUCAGCGGAGUGCCCCUACACGCCUCCGCCUCCUCCUCCACCACCACCACCUGCUCCUCCUCCACCUACUCCAGCCUCGUCCCCCAAGAAGAAGCUGUAUCAGACUGUGGGCAGCAGCAGAGGUGCUGUGGAGGGGAACCUCACAGAGGCCUGCGUACUGCUCGCUCAGAGAGAGAGCAGUUUUAGGAAAGACCUUCAGUGGAUACUUGUCAACACAUAUGUGCCCUCCCUCAUCCAAGAUGGUCCACAGUGCGGCCUGGUGGCUCUGUGGAUGUCCACUCACCUUCGAAAGCCACCGCUGUGCGUCGACAUGGAAACGGUUGUUCGGACGGCGCUGAGCAGGGGAUACACGGCACAGGGUGAAAUGUUUUCAGCUGACCACAUGGCCCUGCUGGCAGAGGAGGUGUGUGGCUGUAAGGCCGAACUGCUGUCGGGCGGCAUUAGAGGCGAUAAUGCUGCAGCCAUCAUCACACACCUGUGGGGGAGACAGCCCGUUCUCAUCCCAUAUGACGAGGAUUACAACCACGAACCGUGUCGGCGGAGCGGCCACAGGGCGCACUGGGCCGUCGCUUCAGGUGUUCUGCUCGGUGUGGACCAGGGAAGCGUAAGCGAAGCGCACACCCGCCCCGAACCCACUCUGCCCUGGCUCUACGCCCCCGUGGACAACGGCGCUCCAUGUCCCGCCGGUGAUGCGGCGCUCAAAGAGGUCUACGUCCUGGCUAAGCAGGGUAAAAGCCUGCGCUACCAGCUGUGGAGUUUGGACAGCAUAGCUGCGAGCAACGAGCAGCUGAGGACGAUGGACCCUAAGAGAGCGAACGACGGGACCCAGUAUGUGGUCCCUCUGGGGGGGGUGGAGGCCGGGCUGGCUGGACGGGUGGUGAUGCUCCACACUCGGACGGAGAAGCAGAAGUAAAUGCGACGCAGGAAGGAGCAGAGUGGUAGACGGUGCUUUUUCUCUGGUGGAUCCUGUGCUGACCGUUGGACACAUUUUAUCGUUGGUUGGAAAUAAUAUACAUGAAUUUAACUUGGAAUGUCGGUUGUAUGUUUGCAGAGACUCUCAGACAAAAGUAAAAAACAGUGAAAUUUGUAUUUCCAGUUUAUUGCAUCCAUAUCCUGGAUAAAGCAGGGAAUUCAAUAUCGAUUUGCAUGGUUCUACCUGUGCAUUGCAACUUAAAAUAAUGCUGCCUUAAAAAUAAAAUGUGGCUAUGACUCCAAUAUACUAAAUGAUAAAGCCACACCCUGUUUGAAAACCUGAUAGGUUACCGUUUUAAAAAUAUGGAGGAUUAUUUGGGCAAGGAAAUAUACUUGUAAACCACAGAUUACUUCUCUCUCCCCCAGUAGGUUUACACUGAAGAAAUAAAUUCCUCAAUUUGAAA